AUGGAUCCUUGCCCUUUCGUCAGGCUAACCGUUGGUAACCUCGCCCUUAAAAUUCCCGUGGCUUCCAAACCCGCGCGCUCCGUCGUGCACCCCUCUUCUUCCCCCUGCUUCUGCAAAAUCAAGCUCAAGAACUUCCCUUUGCAAUCCGCCGUCGUUCCCUUCAUCCCUCCCGAGAGCCACUUCCCCGACUCCCAGGUGCACCCUAUCGCCGCCACCUUCCAUCUCAGCAAGUGCGAUCUCGACAAGCUCGCCGGAAAAUUCAUCUUCGCCGGGAAGCUCUGCCUCAAAAUCUCGAUUUACACCGGCCGGCGAGGCACCACCUGCGGCGUUAACUCCGGGAGACUCCUUGGCACAGUGUCCGUGCCCUUAGAUCUCGGGGGAACGGUAGCGAAGACCACAGUGUUCCACAAUGGCUGGAUUAGGAUAGGGAAAGACACGAAAGGCUCUUCCGCGCAGUUUCAUUUGAAUGUAAAAGCCGAACCCGAUCCCAGAUUCGUCUUCCAGUUCGACGGCGAACCUGAAUGCAGCCCCCAAGUUUUCCAGAUCCAGGGCAACAUUUCACAACCAGUCUUCACCUGCAAGUUCAGUUUCAGAAACACCGGAGACCGAAAUCACCGUUCCAGGUCCUUACAGUCGGAGCCGGGAGGUCCUAGAAGCUGGUUGAGUUCGUUCGGAAGUGAGCGCGAGCGUCCCGGGAAGGAGCGCAAGGGAUGGUCCGUAACAGUUCACGACCUUUCCGGUUCGCCUGUUGCUGCCGCUUCCAUGGUCACGCCUUUCGUCGCUUCGCCCGGUUCGGACCGGGUCAGUUGCUCUAACCCCGGUUCGUGGCUCAUUCUUCGCCCGAGCGAUGGCACGUGGAAGCCAUGGGGGAGACUCGAGGCGUGGCGCGAACGUGGCGGCUCCGACGGCCUCGGCUACCGCUUCGAGCUGAUACCAGACACCAACGGUGGCAUGAGCGCCGCCGGCAUAGUUCUUGCAGAGUCCACGCUGAGCUCAUACAAAGGAGGAAAGUUCGUCAUCGAUAUGAGCUGCCGCAGCGGUGGAAACAACGGCGGAUCGAACGGCCGCGCCACGCCGGGGAGUGCGACAUCGCCGGCAUGCAGCCCGAGGAGCAGCGGGGACUAUGGCCUCUGGCCUUACUGUAUGUAUAGAGGUUUUGUGAUGUCGGCGAGUGUGGAGGGUGAGGGGAAGUGCAGCAAGCCUAAGGUGGAGGUGAGUGUGCCGCAUGUGAACUGCACGGAGGAUGCGGCGGCGUUUGUGGCGUUGGCCGCUGCCGUGGAUCUGAGCGUGGAUGCGUGCAGGCUUUUCUCUCAACGGCUGAGGAAGGAGCUGUGCCAGCAGGUGGAAUUGUUUGGGUGA